GCUUUUAGAGGUACGUGGACGUUCUCAAAUACUCGAUGGAGUUUACAGAAGGAGGAGAGAGAAGAGAAGAGAGAGGAGAUAGAGGAGAGAGACCCAUAAAACCAGGCCCAGUGGGGUUUUCUUUGUUUAUUUUUUAUUGCUAAGAGCAAAGGCAAACUGUUUGAGCCAAAUGCGAUUCUUAGCGAUCUCUCUGUCCCUGAGACACCGUCAAACGACGACCACCUCGAGCCUUUUUCUAUAAUAGCCCCAAAUCCCCCACGCGCGCUUUUUUUAUUCAUCAUUUCGCUCCGAUUUCACUGAGUCAUCACACACCCAACUCGGUCCCAAUCGAUCUUCAAUCCUGCUGUGAGUUCUGACGAUGAACAAGAGGCCACGAACAAGCAUCGGCAAGGCUGUCGUCAAUGUUUGGCAGCGCGAGGUCGGCGAGCUCUCGGCCAGAAAUUUUACCCACCGUGUUGGUGGCUCUGAGGAUCUUGUGCUUCGACUUGAACUCUACAGGAAGCUCGAGAAGCACCGAGGAUGUGUGAACACUAUAAGCUUCAAUGCGGCUGGUGAUAUUCUGGUUUCAGGCUCUGAUGACAGGCGGGUCAUCCUAUGGAAUUGGGAAACUGGGAAAGUUCAGCUUUCAUUCCAUUCAGGUCAUAAUAACAAUAUUUUCCAAGCAAAGAUCAUGCCUUAUACCGAUGAUAGAAGCAUUAUCACCUGUGCUGCUGAUGGGCAGGUGAGACAUGCUCAAAUUUCAGAUAAAGGACAAGUGAAAACUUCAUUGUUGGGCAAACAUCUGGGGCGCUCUCAUAAGUUGGCAAUUGAGCCUGGGAGCCCUCACAUUUUUUACACCUGUGGUGAAGAUGGAUUGGUGCAACAUUUUGAUCUGAGGACUGGGGCUGCCACAGAACUUGUCACAUGCCAACCUCUUGAUGGUAGAAGGAGUCACAUGCCAGCCAUCCAUCUAAAUGCAAUUGCAAUUGACCCAAGAAACCCAAAUUUCUUUGCAGUGGCAGGUUCUGACGAAUAUACUCGACUUUUUGAUAUCCGCAAGUAUAAAUGGGAUGGAUCAUCUGAUUUCGGCCAACCUGCAAACUUCUUUUGCCCACCACACUUGAUUGGUGAUGGGCGAGUUGGAAUUACUGGAUUGGCCUUCUCAGAACAGAGUGAACUUCUUGUCUCAUACAAUGAUGAGAACAUCUAUCUUUUUGAACGAGAUAUGGGGUUGGGACCUAAUCCAGUUACAACCUCUCCAGUUUCUAUGGGCAGUGAUGCAAGUGAAAUGAGUACUGAUCAUCAGAGUGAAGCAUCUCCAUCAACCAUGCCUAUUGAUGAAAGUUCUGCUCCUCAAGUUUACAAGGGUCAUAGGAACUGUGAGACAGUGAAAGGCGUGAACUUCUUUGGUCCUAAAUGUGAGUAUGUUGUGAGCGGGUCUGACUGUGCGCGGAUAUUCAUAUGGAAGAAAAAGGGUGGGGAGCUGAUUCGUGUUAUGGAAGCAGAUAAGCAUGUGGUAAAUUGCAUCGAGUCUCAUCCUCACAACACAGUUCUUGCAAGCAGCGGAAUCGAUAGUGACAUCAAGAUAUGGACUCCAAAGGCCAAUGAGAGAGCUACUCUGCCUCAGAACAUCGAGAAGGUCCUGAAACCUGGCCGAAUAUUAUGGUAUGCUAGUGAGGAUGAGGAAGAGGAUGAGGAGGAUGAUGAUGAAUAUUUUUCUGAUGAUAUUUUUUAUGAUGAUGACGACGACGACGAUGUGGAUGAUGAUGAUAGCGAUGACUCUGAAGGUGGCAGCGAUUGAAUGAGAUGUUGACGAUAACAAUGAUGACAGUUUUCUUGAUGGUUAUGAUGAUGCUAAUGAUUAUAAUUUUACGAUUGUGUCCAGAAGAAACCCAGGGCUAGGGGAUGGAUGUACCGCCUAUCCUCACCCGAGGACUUGAUGUUGCAACUGUUUUCAUUGCAAAGGCAGAGGGUAAGCCCAGAGCGUGACGGCGAGAACUCAAAUGAUGGUCAGGAACUUCUAGAGCUAAUAAUGGCAUUCCAGCGCAACUCUGAUGAUUCUUCAGAGGACGGAGGAGACACCUCCAGUCAGGAUGAUUUGUUUUGUUGAGUUAUGAAGCCUAUGAAUAAUUGUACAUAAUUAGGAUGAAGUUAUACUUUUUGGAGAAUUUUCCUGUUAACUUAUAUUUCGUGUUGUUUUCUAUACAUUCGUGUUUUUUAUUUUUAUUUUUUCUUCUUGUAUUUUCGCUUUCUGCUUAAAUUAGGGUGAAAAGAAGACUGGAAAUUUGUUGUGUGUUGAAAAAAGAAUGUACUUUCAGUUUUCA